AUUUAACGAUACAAUAUGCAACAGACGUCACAAUAUGCACGUGAUUGCUGAAUCCUAAAACCACGGAUAUUUAACAGCAAAGUGAUAAAUGAAAUUUAAUGUGAUUAUAAGAAGAUGAAAUGAUGACUAAAGAAGGUAGCGACGAACAUUCCUCUUUGCUGAGGGAGAAUUCAGUUGACCGGUCACAUCCACCUGCAGAUAUACCCAGACGAUUGAUGUGCCCCUGCAUCAUUGAAAUUACUAUUUCGAUGUACUUUGUUGCGAAUGUUAUCACUGUUCCUAUAAGUCAGUUUUAUGUAUACAACCAGGUCGCCAAGUCAUAUGGAAUCCCAAACUACAUCAGGAAUGAUGAAGCUAGUAUUUGUGAUAAUAAGAACGACUCGGAGACGUCAGAUAUCAUCAAUAAUAUUCAGAAGGAAGCUUCAAACCAACUUAUGUACAUGUCUUUUGUCAGUAGCUUUACAGCUGUCAUACCGACAUUCUUCCUCGGAUAUGUUUCAGACAGAUGGGGAAGAAAGGUCUCAUUUUUGAUCACCAUAUUGGGGCUUUUACUUCACCAGCUUGUAUAUAUUGUUGUAUUUUACCUUGAAGCCCCUCUGGCCUAUCUCUACAUUGGGAAUGCCUUGGAGGGAAUCACUGGGUACAUGUCCUGUGCCAUAAUGACGGCAUUCAUUAUGCUUGCGGAUGUCACACCCCCUGGGAAGCAACGUGGAUUCAGGAUAGCAGUAAUGGAAGGGGUACUUGCUUCAAGUGUAGGGUUGGCCAUAAUGGGAGGGGGCUUCUGGAUCAAAUACUCAGGCUUUCUCAUUCCUAUGUUGUGUUCUACUGGCCUCUCUGUGGUCACCAUCAUAGUGUGGUUAGUGGCGGUACCGGAAACAAGACCGUUCAGAGAGAACCACAGCCAAAGUGGGAUUAGCAUCAACAUCAUCAAGCGAUGUUUUGUAUUUUACUAUGAAGAGACAACACAGAAAAGAAGAGGUAAAAUGGUAGCUCUUUUAAUUAUUCUGGUCAUGACUGCUACAUGCUUAACGUCGAAAUCCAAUGUGACAACGCUUUUCCUGUUGGGCCAACCAUUUUGUUGGUCCGAGGUCCAUAUCAGUGUGGUGAACUCCCUUCAGAUCUUCAUCAACUGGAUUGUAGGAAUCGCAUUUCUUCGAUUGAUACAGUAUUGGAUGCGAGACGUGAGUCUGCUUUCCUUGGGCUGUUUCAUCGGAAUAAUUGGCUUUGUUACCCUAGGAUUUGCCCAAUAUGACUGGAUGAUCUAUCUGUAUAUGGUGAUAGUGACUUUUUCUGUUCUUGUUGUCCCAGUUUCCAGGUCCAUGCUGUCAAAGCUGGUUUCUUCAGAAGAACAAGGAGCGAUGUUCGCUGGAGUGGCCGCCAUGGAACACCUUGUGUCUGCAUUAGGAGGACUACUGUUUGGAGAAAUAUACAAAGAUAGCUUGACCUUCCUCCCUGGAUUGGUGUUCUUAGUCAUAGCGGGACUUUUACUGAUUAUAUUAAUUCUGUCAGCGUUUCUGAAUGUGUGGAUGAAAGAUUGGCAUGGUAGAGAAAUGGACAUCACCAUUGAAGCAGAAAGCUAAAUUACUACUCAUGAAACCAGUAUUGUUAAGUUUAUGGAAUCCAUAGUCCCAUUAUAGAUAAAUCCCUAAAAUAUGUAUAAUAUACAGAAAACGGACAGGGUUUCACAGGGUUUAGAAAGGUACACUAUAUCAUAGAAAUGUGAUACACCACUGUUUGUUGUUGUCAUCGUAUGUCAUUAUACAUAAUCAGCAAAACCUUCAGUUAUAAAUGAAAAUGAUCUGAGUUGAUAAGGAUCUGUUCUAUAUCACGUCAACAUAAUUAUAUACAUUAUAUAUAUUUAUUACAUAAUGCAUUUGAUUUUCCUUAACCAUGCGCAAGGUAUAUUUUGAUUUAUUGCACGGCUAAAAUGACUAUUGCACGGUCACAUGCAAACUAUUGAACACCUGUGACAUUCCGGUAUUUAGUGCUUCCAUUUAAAGCAUCUAAGUCAAUCAGAUGUCAACACUGCCAGGCGACAGUCUAGUCUAGGCGACUUCUAGGCCUGAAGGAAAGUCGAGAUUUCUGUGCAAUAGUCCAGAAUAUUUGACCCUCGGUACUGGUAAUUGGCCGAUGUUCUAUUGCACGAGGCCGAACCACCCAUGAUAUAUUUGUAUAAUAUAAAACUGGGUUGAUAGUUGAUACUAGCAUUAUUUUGCUCAUUCUUUUGUUCUGACAACUUAUAAUUAACUGUUCAUAAAACUAAUAUAGGUUUAAACAACAGUACCAGAUUCUAAAAAAACCUGUUAAACUUGGUAUGGAAUAGAAACAAAAUUUCAGUGAAGAAUAUAUGCAACUUAUUGUUUUGUCAGAGAUGUAUUUAUUUAAGGAUGAUAAAAUUUCCUCUGCCAAAAAAUAUAAUGACCGACGAAAACACCAUGGGCACUUUGAGCCUAAGGAUAUUUUGAAUUGAUAUUACCCCGGUAGAUUCUCCUAGUUUAACCUAUUUCAUGAUAGUUUUCCAUGUAUUGCUUAAACUGAAAAUAUGUUGUAUUCAGAAUUGUUGACCAAAAUUUUGUUGUUAUAAGUUGACAUGUAUUCUGAACAAGGCAGACUUUAUUUAAUUAUAUAAGGCAAUAACAGUUGGAUUUGUAAAAAAAUGGCUUCUCAUUAAAGAUGAAACUUAAUGAAA